AUGCUUGAGGUAGAAAGCAUUUCAAAACUUUUAAAAAAUGCUAAUCUAGCCUCUGCAACUAAUAAAGCCUCUGCAACUAAUCAAGCCUCUGCAACUAAUCUAGCCUCUGCAACUAAUCAAGCCUCUGCAACUUAUCAAGCCUCUGCAACUUAUCAAGCCUCUGCAACUAAUCAAGCCUCUGCAACUUAUCAAGCCUCUGCAACUGAUAAAGCCUCUGCAACUAAUCUAGCCUCUGCAACUAGUCAAGCCUCUGCAACUAAUCAAGCCUCUGCAACUAAUAAAGCCUCUGCAACUAAUCAAGCCUCUGCAACUAAUCAAGCCUCUGCAACAAAUCAAGCCUCUGCAACUAGUAAAGCCUCUGCAACUAGUCAAGCCUCUGCAACUAAUCAAGCCUCUGCAACUAAUCAAACCUCUGCAACUAAUCAAGCCUCUACAACUAAUCAAGCCUCCACAACUAAUCAAGCCUCUGCAACUUAUCAAACCUCUGCAACUAAUCUAGUCUCUGCAACUAAUCAAGCCUCUGCAACUAAUCAAGCCUCUGCAAAUGGUUUUCUUUUAAAUCUGGACAAGCUAAAACCCGGAGUAGGCAGAAACACAACCAAUUCCACAGAGUAA